GCUCCUCGCGCGGUCUCCUGCUCUUUUGAAGCAGCCGACGCGCACAGACGGGUGUGUUUUGAACCCCUUCAGAGCGUUUUCACCCGCGAACAGUGGGAAAUGUCUUUGAGAAAUGUGGGCGUCGCGUUUGAAGGAAAUCAGCCGUCCUGUUCGUCCUCGCUGUCAGCAUCAGUCUCCUCCUCACGGCUCCUGUCAGUCCGUCUAACGGGGCAGCACUGAGGAAAUCACUGGGGCUAUGUGAGCAUCAUGCUCCUUGUGAGAUGCCUGCUGUUCGCUGCAGUCUGUGCGAGGUGCGCCGAGACAGGUGUGAGGGAAUGGGUGAGGCUGGGGGGGAGGUUGCCCUCUGCGGAGGAGGUCGUCCAGCCCAAGCGGCUCUUGCUGCAGAUCCAUUCAGACGAGGAGCUGCUGCACAACCACCUGGACACCCGGGUCAAAAACCUGCCAGAUGGCAUGCAGCAGCCCAUCCAUUUGGCCCAGAGCAGCUUCCUGGUGGAGGCCUUUGGUACAUCCUUCAUCCUUGACCUGGAACUGAACCACAACCUCUUGUCUACAGAUUAUGUGGAGCGUCACUUUGACAAUGGGGAGCUGUCACAAAAUACGGGCGGGGAGCAUUGUUACUACCACGGCCGAGUGCGGGGGCUGCCCGGCUCCUGGGUUGCAAUAUCAACCUGCCAUGGCCUGCAGGGAAUGUUUUCUGAUGGCAAUUUCACUUAUGGGAUUGAAACUGUUGGCAAUAGAGAGAAAGACCACAUUGUGUAUCGCAUGCCCGAUAUUGACCUCUUCUCACUCCCCUGUCCAGGAUGCUUCAUGAACAGCACAGAGCUUGAGGGGCAAACAGAUGAAGGAGACGGCGUGGCGAAGGAUUUAGACAAGUCUGAAGAAGAGAAAAAUAUUUUCACCAGAGGCCUGAGGCGCUCAAAAAGACAAGUGAGGCGAGGUCAACGCACUGUUCAGACUGAGACCAAGUAUAUUGAACUGAUGAUUGUCAAUGAUUAUGAGCUGUUUGUACAGCUUCGCAGAUCAACCACACAAACGAAGAUUUUUGCCAAAUCCAUAGUGAACAUGGCAGAUUUGAUCUACAAGGAGCAGCUCAACACCCGCAUCGUCCUGGUGGCCAUGGAAACCUGGUCGUCUGAAAACAAGAUCGCCGUCGGCGAUGACGCCUUGCUCACCCUGCGAGACUUCAUGAAGUACAGGAAGGAGAGCAUCAAGCAGCGCUUUGAUGCUGUGCACCUCUUCUCAGGGAGGACGUUCAUGAGCAGCCGCAGCGAAGCAGCUUACAUUGGGGGCAUCUGCUCAGUGACACGGGGUGGAGGCAUCAAUGAGUUUGGCAGUGUGGGUCCGAUGGCCAUCACUUUGUGUCAGAGUCUUGGGCAGAACAUCGGCAUGCUUAGGAACAAAGAACGAACAACUGCAGGAGGCUGCAGGUGUCCAGAUCCAUGGUUGGGCUGCAUCAUGGAGGAUACAGGCUACUACCUGCCAAGGAAGUUCUCCCGCUGCAGUAUAGAUGAGUACCUGCGCUUCCUCCAGCAGGGAGGAGGAAGCUGCCUGUUUAACAAGCCAACAAAGCUGUUGGAUCCCUCAGAGUGUGGCAAUGGAUAUGUGGAGCUGGGAGAGGAAUGUGACUGUGGAUCACUGCUGGAAUGUAGCCAAAGUGGAGCCAACUGCUGUAAAAAGUGUACUCUGACCCACAACGCCAUUUGCAGCAAUGGGCUUUGCUGCAGGGACUGCAAGUAUGAGCUCAGAGGAGUGAUGUGCCGUGAUGCUGUGAAUGACUGUGACAUUCCUGAGACCUGCAUGGGAGAUUCCAGCCAGUGUCCUCACAAUGUCCACAAACUGGACGGGUACACAUGUGAAGCCGGACAGGGUCGGUGUUAUGGUGGCCGCUGUAAGACCAGAGAUGCCCAGUGCAGGACUCUGUGGGGUUACAACUCAGCUGACAGAUUUUGUUAUGAAAAGCUGAAUUCAGAGGGGACAGAGAAAGGGAACUGUGGGCCAAACCCAGGUGGACAGGGAUGGGUGCAGUGCAACAAACAAGAUGUUCUGUGUGGGCUCCUGCUUUGCACCAAUCUGACAGAAAGGCCCAGAUUUGGUGAACUGCAGGGAAAGCUCACCAGUCUGACGAUCCAUCACCAGAACAGAUACAUGGACUGCAGAGGGGGUCAUGCGGUACUGGAUGAUGGUGUGGAUCUGGGCUACGUGGAGGAUGGGACACCAUGUGGGCCAAAUAUGAUGUGUCUGGAGCACCGCUGCCUCCCUGUCGCCACCUUUAACCUCAGCUCCUGCCCAAGCUCCUCAACCUCACACAUCUGCUCCCAGCACGGGACCUGCAGUAACGAGGUAAAGUGUACCUGUAAUCCCGAUUACACCGGAAAGGACUGCAGCGUGUUCGACUCCAUUCCCACUCCGACCCCACCAGAGGGCCUAGAGAAGUACAAAGGUCCCAGUGGUACCAAUAUCAUAAUAGGUUCGGUCGCUGGUGCAAUUCUGCUGGCUGCAAUAAUCCUGGGGGGCACAGGCUGGGGAUUUAAGAACAUCCGGAAAGGACGAUCUUCGGGAGUUUGAGUUGCUCUUCCUGUCUUCCUCAUACCAUACCCUGUCCGAUCUGAGGAGACAGUACAGAGACGUCUUCCUUUUAAUGAGCCAUCGGGCCUUUUAAAAAAAAAUCUUUUCCAUCUCCUGCUCCAUCUCUGUUGAUCCUCACUCCAGCUGAGUUUAGUCUGCCAGGUGGGAUAAAUCUGAACAGCAGGGAGGCAAGGAGAAGGACGGAGCUCCCUGAGGUUCUUGCAGGCAGUCAGGGGAAUUUUCUGGGAGCAGUUUUCCUGUUUUAGUUGAAAUUCACAUGGUUCUGGACACAGACUAUAAUUUGGACUGUUAUUACGUGCUACCCCUUUAAGUAUUUAAAUGAACUUCUCAGUUCCUAGAGAGCACAACCAUCUCCUCUUCAUAGUGUGAUUUUACCUGCAAUAGAGGUGUUUGAAUACCACUAAUUGUUACUGAAUGUUGGCAUUUUGUUCGUCCAGACGGACUGUAGAUUAGAAAUGCACAUUCCACAAUAAUAGCCAUAAUUUCUCCUUUUAUGCUGCCUUGACAGGAUAUCUGGGCUCCAGGAGCUUUUGAGAAGCUUGUCGUUUUUGCUGAGGGCAUAUGAACAGCCAGAUGGACAGUUGCACAAGUCUGCACUGGAUGUAUUCUCCAUGCUGUAUAAUAUACACACAGGCAUAUGAAAAAGCUUGGGAACUCUUCUUAACCUUUCUUCAUGCCUUAUGGAAACAGUAUUUGAGUGGUGGCGUUAAGUUUAUUGGAGUUACAGAUACUUCAAUAUGCAUCAUAACAAAAUUAGGGAGGUGCGUAAAUAUGGGCACACCAACAGAGAUAUUGCAUCAUUGCUUAGUUGAUCCUCCUUUUCCACACAUAACAGCCUCUAGAUGCCUCCUAUAACCUUUGAGUGUCGGGAUCCUAGAUGGAGGUAUGUUUGACCAUUCUUCCCUACAGAAUAGCCUCAGUUCGGUUGAACUCGCUGGCUGCCGAGCUUGCUUCAAAUCAUCCCAUAUAUUUUCGAUGACAUUCAAGUCUGGGGACUCUGACGUCCAUUGUACUUCUUCCUUUUGCACGAAUGCCUUUGUGGAUUCGAACUGUGUUUUGGGUCAUUGUCUUGUUCAAAUAUCCAACCCCUGCAACUUUGUGGCUGAUGCCUGAACUUUAUCUUGAAGAAUUUCUUGAUAUCUGGUUGAAUUCAGCCCAAACCGGACUUUAAUAAGGGUUGAUCUCUGAAUUUUCUGCAAAGCCCCACAGCAUGAUGGAACCUCCAGCAAAUCCUAUUGUGGGUAGGUGUUUUUCUUCCGCCAUGAUUUUUGUCUCAUCUGUCCGAAGCACAUUGAGCGGCUUGUCUAAAUAAGCUUUUCACACACAACAAGCUACUGUUUGUGGUGUGAACGUGCUUUUAUUUCCUCAUCUUGCCAUUCAGAGAUUUUUUGAGCAAACUGCUCUUUUUGUAGAAAGAUGCACCAUCUGUAGCAAGAUGUUCUUGCAGGUCGUUUGAGGUGAUCUUUGGGUUGUCUGUAACCAUUAAGAAAAUACCGCUCCUGGAUUUUUCUUGGCCUGCCAGCUCUGGGUUUAACAGCAGCUAUGCCUGUGGCUUUCCAUUACCUGAUUACAUUCCUUAGAGUUGAAACUGACAGUUUAAACCAACGAGGCAGCUUUUUUAGCCUUCCCCUAAACCAUGACAUUGAACAGUCCUUGUCAGAUCUUUUGAGAGUUGCUUUGAGGACCUCAUGCCGUCACUCUUCAGAGGAGAGUUGAAGAAAAGUGCGACUUGCAAUUUGGACACAUUAAAUGCCUCCCCUCGUGAUUCCGCACUCCUGUCUACGAAGUUCAAGGCUUAACAAGCUAAUCCAAUCAAUUUGAUGUUGCAAGUAAUCAGUAUCCGGCUGUUGCAUGCAUUCAGAUCAGCAAAAUUAUAAGGGUACACAAAUUCUUGCACUGCAUGUUUCUGGCAUUUUAAAGCAUUUCCUACAACUGUUGGUUUGGAAAACACCCCAGUACUCGGAUGUUUCUAGGAGAUGCUGGACAUACCACUGUUAUUGUUUUCCUUAACGUAGAGGGAUUAUUAUGCAGGCUGAGAUGGCUUCUCUAACCUUUUCAUAUGGCUGUACAUGUGCAUACAGAUAUGCUAAACAUGGGUGCUGUUGUAAAUAACUUGGGGACUCAGACAGCAGUGACUCACUGCCGCUGUGAACAGAAACACAAGUCUUUUACACAGACUUCUCUUCCGGCCUACAACUAAAUAAUUAGCUUAACACGACGUUGGGCUGUGCAACAAACAAAUCAGACUGACAAUCUUCUACUGUGCUUUGCAAAAAUAUUGAUACUCAUCCAACUUUUUUUUUGUCACAUUAAAACCGCAAACCUCAAUGUAUUUUAUUGGGAUUUUAUGUGAUAGACCAACACAAAGGAGUAAUUUAAUACUGAAUUUUGCUACCUGAAGCUGCAGGUUUUUGGGUCAUGUCUCUACCAAACUCUGACCAGCUUCCCUGUUCCUGCUGAAGAAAAGCAUCCCCACAGCAUGAUGCUGCCACCACCAUAUUCACUGUGGAGAUAAGUGUUCAGUCAUGUGCGGCAUUAAUUCUCCACCACACAAAGCACCGAGUACAAAUGCACCCCACACUUUUCAGAUUUUUAUUUGUAAAUAAUUUAGAAAACCUUGUAUCAUUUUUCUUUCCACUUCACAAUUAUGCACCACUUUAUGUUGAUCGUUCACAUAAAAUCCCAAUAAAAUACAUUGAAGUUUGUGGUUGGAACAUGACAAAAUGUAAAUACUUGUGCAAGGCACUGUAAAUUCAUACAGUUGUCCUGGCAGACCGAGGAAAGCUUAAAUACAAUAAAAGAAAUGAUACACAUUAGCAAUAAAUGUGUUUUAAGCAUAACAUCUGAACUGUUAAUACAGGUUGUCAUGUGCAUCACAUUUGGUUCCUUUGGUUAUAUUUCCUCAGAUGUCGCCUUCUAACAUCAUUCAACAGGGCAAUGACACAGAUGCCACUAAAAACAAUCAGGUUACACUGCCAGUCAGCCUACAGUGACGUUAAAGGAAGAUCUCAGCGUCUUUGAUUUAAAGCCUUUUUAAUCAGGAAUAUGUAUGCUUGGCAGUAUAGUGAUUAAACUGAAUCUGUUGCUACACAAGGACUGUUUUGGCUAAAACCUCAGGCUACACUGUUUCCUGUUUGACAUGUUGCAGUUGGACACUUGUAUAACUGUAUAAUUAAACAUACCUGUACAUGUGAUUUUUAUUUAUUUUUUGUGGUGUAUUUGGUGUUAGCAAAAUUUCAAGCCAAUGUCAUUUCUUAUAUACUUGACAAAUGGUAAGCUGACCUUUGUAAAACGUAACGUAGAGCUGAGCUCAAAAUAAGUUUCUUCAUCCUGUUGGUGGUUUUGGGUUAUGACAAUUGUUUCAGCUUAAAGCAGGGGUGUCCAAAGUGUGACCCGGGGGCCAUUUGCGACCCUCGACCAAACCUUACGAAUGGCACAAAUUUGGGUUCGCCAACUCAGGCGUUUGAUGCAUUUGAUUUUAAAAAAUAAGUUACGAUGCAAUUUGUACAGAAAUUAGACAGAUAAAAACAGAUAAAAAUAAAAACGAUGUUUUUCCAAUUUUAAUAAGGGAAAAGAACACAUUCAUUACUUUAGGUUUGGCAUUCUUGGUCCCCAUGGCAAAAGGUUUGGACACCACUAGCUUAAAGCCUUUCUGUGCUGCCGUCACUUUAUGCUGCUUAUAAAGUUCGGUAAGAUUACUGUUAAGUUGCCCUUAUCAGUGUUUUUGCAAUAUCUGCUUUAAAACAUAUCAAUUUAGAACAAAAAACAUUAAAGAGCUUUAUAUUGUAAUUUAUAGGUAAAAAGGUGAAAAUAAAACUUAUACAUGUAUGAAAGAAGGAUUUUAGGAUGCUUAAUAAAAAGCAGAAACAAAAUGUCA